AUGGGUGUUCCAGGCUUCUAUCGUUGGGCUGUGAAGAGGGUGCCAUACCUUCGUGCCAAAAGUUGUGGCUUACCAUAUGAAUUUGACAAUCUGUACUUGGACUUCAAUGGAGUCGUGCACACUUGUGUGAAUGACUGGAGUCUCCAAGAGCAAGAAGAGUUCCUUUUCCGUCUCAUUGAGGCUCAAUUGGCAGUCUUGCUGUCCAUUGUCAACCCCAAGGUGCUUCUCUACAUUGCCCUUGAUGGUGUUGCCCCUCGGGCCAAGAUGAAUCAGCAGAGGUCAAGGCGCUUCCGCAAAGCUCAAGAGACCGAUGCUGAAGAUGGACUGACGGAAGCGGUCGAGCUCUUUGAUCGGAAUGCUAUCACUCCAGGGACCCCUUUCAUGCUGCGGUUGUCUGAGCGGCUUCGCAGUUGGGCGGAAGCACAGGCGGCAAACCCCGACUUGAAGGGCGUGACGAUUGUCAUAUCUUGUGAUCGCGAUCCAGGCGAAGGCGAGCAUAAGAUCAUGAAUGUGAUCCGUUCGCAUCCGGAGCACACUCACUGCCUUUGCAGCAAUGACGCAGACUUGGUCUUAUUGGGGUUGGUUUGCCGAUCUGAGCAUGUAUACUUGCUUCGCACGAAGCCAAACUAUGAAAAGAGGGUUCGCCCGGACUCCGCUGCACAGGAUUCCGACCAAAGAGAAUUGCUCUUGGAGGGUGGCUCGCAGCCAGCAGUUGAGGACUACGAGAUGCUCAGCAUUGUGGCCUUACGUGCUUGGCUAUGCAGCCAGUUCCCAGAUUGCAUACCGCAUCGCUUAUUGGCAGACUUCGUGGCCAUGUGCUGCUUGGUGGGCAAUGAUUUCUUGCCUCAUAUGGCUGCCUUGGAUAUCUAUGAUGGAGGCUUGGACAAGCUCUUGGCCGCGUACUACCAGCUGCGUCCUGCACAACAUGGGUAUUUGACUCGAGAGGACUUGACUCUUGAGCUCCCCCGGUGGUCUGGCCUUUUGGAGCAGGUUGCCCAGGAUGAAUGCGAACUCCUUUUAGACAUGGUACAUCUUGGCUUGGGGCCAAAGCAGCUUCAUUACCGCGGGCCUGGCCCUCCACCUGCGGAUUGGGAUGGCCUGUCUGUGGUGGUCUGGUAUGUUCCACGAAAGACCACAGAGGAGCAGCUGAUGGCAGCGAUGUCAAAGCAAGGUUGUCAAGUUCGAAGUGUUCAUCGACUGAAAGAAUACAAAGGAAGUUCUUGGUUGGUCCAUUUCAGCGAUGCCCAGUCAGCUGUGAAUACGAUUGUUUCAACUCGCCGCAUAGAAGGCCGACGUUUGGAGGUGGCAUGGGCUAAGCCCAGCUCUUUGCAGUUGGAAGAGCUGCCUGAGCCUUCAACUGUGGCUGAGUGGCGUUCGGUACUUCACACCGUAGUGCGCGAGAGCUUUGAAUACUGGCUUGGUCCUGAAAAUCUACCCAACGAUGCCUUUCUUCGAAGACAUGUGCGAAAGCGUCGAGAUCGCUUCGUGCCCCUGCGUGUCUUUGCCGCCUUUCGGCGCCUGAAGAUUUGGAUGCAAGACCUGACGCAAUUGGCAGAUGUGUUGCGAUCUUCUGAGAUCUUGGAGGUCAUGGGUGAAGGCCGUGAGGCCAUGGUCCGGGCGAAGGAGGACCACAGCCGAAAGCCUGAGGAGAGCAAAGAACAGGCAUGGAGGGAGCAAAAGCCGGGGAAAAGCCAGAGACAUGCUGGAGAACAUGUUGAGGCUGUCCAGAAACUCCUUCCAGAGUAUAAUGCACGCUAUUCAGGGCCAGUGGCGACUGGUUCACCUCCCGCAGAAGAUGCAGCUGCAGUGCAGCCUGGAACCUAUCAAACUGUGAGGUUUUAUCCAGCACAUUACCCGCCUUUGUGUGUGACUGGGCUGCACCGAGAUUACUUGUGCCGUGAAAGCCCUGUUGGCACUGUUCAGAGGCCAGUGGCUCCGGAACUGCAGCUCUUAGCCGUCCUGCCAGCGCAGUCGGCGCCGCUGCUGCCGGCAGCUUUGCGUCCUUUGGUUGAGGCGGCAGCAGCUAUACUGCUUGCUGCCACUGAAAACAUUGAGAGGGGUGGCAAAGGAGCCAAAGGCGAUGGAAGUCUGCCUGAAGAGGCUGAGAUUCCUCACUACUACGAAGUGGUGCUUUUCUCUGACGACGUCUUUCCUGUUGCACUCGAUAUUGCUAGCAAAUGGAACAUUCCGGUUACAGGUGUUUUGCACCGGGACUUCUGCAAGAAGAAACGAAAUCACUUUGUGAAGGACCUCUCAAAGCUGGGCAGAAAACUUGAUCGGGUUCUAAUGAUUGAUCACGAUCCUGUUGCUUUCGAGCUACAGCCUGAGAAUGGCAUUCUUAUUCGACCCUUUGAUGGGGAUCCCUCUGACACCGAGCUUGCUGACUUGCUGGAGUUCCUAAAGGCUGCUGCUUCAACCCCGAUGGAUCUUCGGAAGUUCGUUCAGAAGUAUGGUGGCGGAGAUGAGGAUGUCGGCAGGCGCUAUUUGCUAGAAAGGCAAGAGCAGGGCAAGCUGAUUGAGAAGAAAAGGGUGCUUGGAAGGGCCAUUGGAGCUCGAUCUGGCUUUGCACAGCCCGGACAGCCCGUGACCAAGCCUAGUGUGCUUGGAAUUGAAGCAUGGCAAAACUGGUGCAGAAUGAUAGGGCAGACGGUCCUAGUAAGGACGGGCAACUUUGGCAUGCCACGAUAG